AUGGUCCAAGUCAACCUCCCGAAGCGACGAUGGAGUUGGGGCAAGGGCGACUCCUCCCACCUCGUCGUGACGUACAAUGUAGACGAUGAGGGCACUACUCCCCACCCAAGCAGUCCUCGACACACUACAGUCACGGUCCCGCUCUACCCCUGCCGCUCCCACCGCCGGCGAGGGUGGGCCAAACUGCACUCUUCGGCGCCGACCGUGUUGGCGUACCAUCUCCUCGACGGCCCAAGUGCUAGCCCCACACUCCUCCUCUUCCGUACCCGGCCAACAACGGACUGGAUGAGGGACAUACCAGACUACACACCCUUGGGAGCCAUGGUGAUCCCGGGCACACAUGAGAGCUGCGCCCUGUAUGGCUACUUCAUCUCCCAGUGCCAACAAGUCGCUACACCCAUAGCGCAACAGCUCGAAGACGGGGUGCGGUUCUUUGAUAUCCGGCUCAAGGUCGAGGACGGCAAGUUGCUUACCUACCAUGGUAUCCGUCCCGAACGCUCCACUCUCCAACACGAGCUGUCCACCCUCUCGGCCUUUCUGCGCGCACACCCAUCCGAAACGCUCGUGGUGAGCAUCAAGGAGGAGACGCCGCCGUGGGACGUGUCCUUCUCCCGACUCGUCUACGAAGCCUUUACGGAACCGGCAUGGCGCGACCUGUAUCGCAUAGACUCGUUCCUUGACAUUCCCGAAAAGGCCAUCACAGUCGUUGCGCACCUCAUCCCAACGCUCGUCCCAACCACCUCCCCACUCACCCCGCCCCCGUCCCCAUUCCCGUCCAUGUCCUCCGCGACUACACAGACCCCAUGGACAAUCUCCUUCACCUCGGCCUCCAACUUUCCACUCGCAGCACCGACGUGGAUCGCCAAGGGGCUGGGCACGGCCUCGUGGCUCGGCCUGGGCGUCGAGGGCGUCAACCCGCGCAUUGUCAAGUGGCUGCUCCUCACCGCCAGCGAGGGACUGAGACCGCGCGCGACGGUGUUGAGUGAUUUCUACAGACAGGCGCCAGGCGGCGGAGAGUUUGGGGAAGGUGGGGAUCGCGGGUUGGCAGAGCUGCUGGUGGCACUCAACUUUGUGUAG